GAUUCGAUUUGGAAUUCGUUUGCUUGGAUCUUGGGGUUGCGGUGUUUCAUCUGAUUAGGCCAAGGGUUUUGGAUGCUGUAUCUGAGUUUGCGUGCGGAAUUAUGGUUUCGUGUUGUUUUGUUGGCUUGAUGUUUGGGUUAAGGUUGCUUUGGAGUUCAAUCUCAAGGACGGACACUUUUACUUUUUCAGUAAGUCAUGGAGAAACCGUGCCUUCAGUCAGAUUGCUGCCAGCUUCGGGUUUCCGCAUCUCAGCAAGUUCCUGAUUGGCGAUCUUUCUUCUUGGGUGAUUUCCUCCUUGUUUCCUUUGUCAACUGCACCUAGUGAUGAAAGGGAGAACUAAUGCAAAUUUUUACUGAGGGGAGUUGGAACUUUAGUGCACGUAUACUCAAUGCAUCAUGAUACAUCAUCCAAUUGUGAUCCACAGAAAUGUCUUUUUGGGAUUGAGGCCUGCAAAACCAAAAACAAUUAUUGAUUCUUACAUUUUUAUUAGAGAAGCCUGUUAAAUCAAAUUUCUGCGGAGUUCAUAGUUCUAGCUUUAUUGUGGUCUUCUCUCUGAUGGCUACUGGUUUUCAGUGACAAUAAUAUCUGUAACAGAAGAUUCAGCAAAAUAUUUUACAUGGAAGAGUUGAAGUAGCUAUUUUCAAGUUUGUGAUAGUAUCGGCUGGGUUUUGUCCUGCGCAAAGGAUCUGAACUUAUGGCUUAAAGCAAUAUUCUGGCUUGAUUAGUUCUUGGAUUGUGUGAUGUUUAAGAGAACUCAACUUCCCUUUCCAUGUAUGCCUUGCUGUUGUCUUGGGUCUUUUGUUCCAUCAUAUUUUAUGAAUAAGCUAUGAACCUUGUCCAUGGAAACUUGUUUGGUCAAUGCUCAUGAUUGGAGCUACAGAAAAUUGACGCCGGGUUCUGCUUGAUCAACUAAGCAGAGAUUCACAUCUUGUAGUUCCUUUUUGUUAUUAUUUGCAUAAAUCUUCUACUGAAGAUAAGCCUCUGUGUUCCAUUCCUUUCUUCAAUAAAUAGAAGAUCACCAGCCAUCAGCAUCAUAAAAAAUGGAGAGGUACAGGGUAAUCAAUGAAGUUGGUGAUGGAACUUUUGGCAAUGUUUGGCGAGCCAUAAAUAAGCAGACUGGUGAAACUGUUGCAAUUAAGAAAAUGAAGAGAAAAUAUUAUUCAUGGGAGGAAUGCAUAAAUCUGAGAGAAGUUAAGUCAUUGCGCAGAAUGAACCAUCCCAAUAUUGUGAAGCUGAAAGAAGUCAUCAGGGAAAAUGACACAUUGUUUUUUGUGUUUGAAUACAUGGAAUGCAACCUAUAUCAACUUAUGAAAGGCAGGGCUAAGCUUUUCUCAGAGGCUGAAAUCAGAAAUUGGUGUUUCCAAGUGUUUCAGGGUCUUGCAUACAUGCAUCAGCGAGGAUUUUUUCAUCGGGACCUUAAGCCAGAGAACUUGCUGGUCUCAAAAGAUGUAAUUAAAAUUGCUGAUUUUGGUCUUGCACGUGAGAUUGAUUCUCAACCACCCUAUACAGAAUAUGUCUCAACACGCUGGUAUCGUGCCCCAGAAGUUUUGCUUCAGUCACUGAUUUAUAAUUCUGCAGUUGAUAUGUGGGCGAUGGGUGCAAUAAUGGCUGAACUAUUUACCCUGCGGCCUCUUUUUCCAGGCUCAAGUGAAGCAGAUGAAAUCUAUAAAAUAUGCAGUGUUAUAGGCACACCGACUGAGAGCGACUGGGCUGAUGGACUGAAACUUGCAAGUGCUAUUAAGUAUGAGUUCCCACAGAUGAACAGUGUCCAUCUAUCUGUGUUGGUACCAUCUGCCAGUGAGGAUGCAAUCAAUCUUAUUACAUUGCUUUGUUCCUGGGAUCCUUUAAAGAGGCCAACAGCCAUAGAAGCCCUCCAGCAUCCAUUCUUCCAGCAGAGUUGCUUUUACGUACCACCAUCUCUCCGUUUCAGAACUGCUGUCAAUAGGACACCUCCAUCUGGUGGGAUGAGGAGUGUGUUGGAGCAGAAGCCUGUCAGGAGGUGCUCUGGGACUCUGUCAAAUUCAAAUCCAGCAAAUAACUUCAUUCCUCCCAAAUCUCAUGUCUCAACAACAGGUGUGCAACGGAAAUUGGAAAUGAAUAAUAAUAAUCAGGAUGCAACCAAGAAUUAUAAACUUCCAAAGAUGGCAGGCAGACAAGAACCCAGAUACCACCCACCUGCAAGAAGCAAUCCUGCUUCUAAUUACUAUGCCAAGGUUGAAUGUGAGGUGUCGGAGACAGCUGAGAAGCUGGCAAAUAUGAGGUUUGGUAGCAGAUUACCUAGGAAGCAGGUUUUUCCGGCACCAAUGAAGGCUGGAGGAUGGCAUGGCCAAUCUGACUCGUUUGUUGGGCGUUCUCGGGAGGUUCUUCACCCUGCUGGAAGAACCUUCACUAGGAAAGUUGCUGGAUAAAGAUCGCAAGGGCUGGCUAUAUAGUGAUCUGGGGUAAUGAGUUUAAUAAUGGGCCCCCUGCUUAUACAAUAAAUAAAUGGGUCCCCCUGCUUAUACAAUAAAUAAACAUGUACUGCGUUGCUGUGGUUCAUAUAUUAUGACGUCUGGAGUCUAUAUGUUGGUUGUUGGAUGCGUUGACGUCUGGAGUCUAUAAAAAAACCUAUACUCAUGAAUGUUAUAUUUGCUGAA